AUGACUCACCACCACAUAGCCACCAGCCCAGGACAGAAGGUGCGAGACCAUUAUCGGCCGCUGCCCAAGAAGAUGUGGGGAGUCCUCAGGGAAGAGAUCGAGGCUAUGCUGACCUUGGGGCUGAUGGGGGAAUCUCACAAUGAGUGGAGGAGCCCCAUUGUCUUGGUUCCAAAAGCUGAUGGAUCCACUCGGUUCAGCAUAGACUUCUGGAAAGUCAGUGCAAUCUCUGGGUUCGAUGCCUAUCCAGUGCCACAGGCUGGGGAGACCUUCCACCCAACGUGCCAGGAGCAGUGUGUGUGCCAGGCCAGUGGAGAUGUGGUUUGUAAAGUUUUGUCCAGCCUCCCUAAUGAGGAGUACAAGCUGGUGAAUGGCAUCCAGAAAUGCCAGCCUAUCGGAUCCGCAAAAUGCUCCGCAGCCGGAGACCCCCACUACCUCUCCUUCGAUAGGGUCGCUUUCGAUUUCCAAGGCACCUGCACCUACAUCCUGGCCAAGACCUGCACCAACACCGGGAACCUGACAUUCUUUGCCGUGAAGGUGGAGAAUGUGCCCUGGGGCAAUGGGAAGGUGUCUGUCACCAAGCUGCUGUCUGUGGAGGUCUACGGGCUCACGCUCACCCUGCUGCAGAACAGGAAGGGGCUCGUCAUGGUGAAUAACACCAGGGCCCACUUACCCAUCUCCCUCAGCAAUGGGGCCCUUUGGGUCUAUCAGAGCGGCACCUCCCUCGUCCUCCACACCGACUUCAACCUCAGAGUGUCCUACGACUGA